GGGGGUUUUGCGCAGGGACUACUUGACGCGGUCGCCAUCUCCGGGACGCGGAGCCGCAGAGCCGCGACCCCGGGCCUCGUCUCCUCCCGAUCCUUCCUCCUCCUCCGCCUUCUCCUCCUCCUCCUCUCGCCAUGGCGCAGAUCCUGCCCAUCCGCUUCCAGGAGCACAUCCAGCUCCAAAAUGUGGGCAUCAACCCGGCGAACAUCGGGUUCAGCACCCUCACGAUGGAGUCCGACAAGUUCAUCUGCGUGCGCGAGAAGGUGGCGGAGCAGGCGCAGGUGGUCAUCAUCGACAUGAACGACACCGCCAACCCCAUCCGAAGGCCCAUCUCCGCCGACUCGGCCAUUAUGAACCCCGCCAGCAAGGUCAUCGCGCUCAAAGAGGCCGGCAAGACUUUGCAAAUUUUCAACAUCGAGAUGAAGAGCAAGAUGAAGGCGCACAACAUGACGGACGACGUCCUUUUCUGGAAGUGGAUCUCCCUCAACACCAUUGCCCUGGUCACCGAGACAGCCGUCUACCACUGGAGCAUGGAGGGCGACUCGCAGCCCGCCAAGGCCUUUGACCGCCACCCCAGCCUCGCCGGCUGCCAGAUCAUCAACUACCGCACCGACGUCAAGCAGAAGUGGCUGCUACUCGUUGGGAUUUCCGCGCAGCAAAACCGUGUCGUGGGCGCGAUGCAGCUCUACUCGGUCGAGCGGAAAGUCUCGCAGCCCAUCGAAGGGCACGCUGCCGCCUUCAGCGAGUUCAAGAUGGAGGGCAACGCGGAGUCCUCCACCCUCUUCACCUUCGCCGUCCGCAGCCAGGCCGGGGGAAAGCUGCACAUCAUUGAGGUUGGGCAGCCUCCCGCGGGGAACCAGGCGUUUACCAAGAAGGCGGUGGACGUAUUUUUCCCUCCCGAGGCUCAGAACGACUUCCCGGUGGCCAUGCAGGUGAGCCAGAAGCACGGCGUGAUCUACCUGAUCACCAAGUACGGCUACAUCCACCUGUACGACCUGGAGAGCGGCGUGUGCAUCUACAUGAACCGUAUCAGUGGCGAGACCAUCUUUGUCACGGCCGCUCACGAGGCCACCUGCGGCAUCAUCGGCGUCAACCGCAAGGGACAGGUGCUGUCGGUGUGUGUGGAGGAGGAGAAUCUCAUCCCGUACAUCACCAACGUGCUGCAGAACCCCGACCUGGCGCUGCGCCUCGCCGUGCGCAACAACAUGGCCGGCGCCGAGGAGCUGUUUGCGCGCAAGUUCAACACGCUCUUUGCGCAGGCCAAUUUCUCCGAGGCCGCCAAGGUGGCUGCCAGCGCGCCCAAGGGGAUCCUGCGCACGCCUGACACGAUCCGCAAGUUCCAGUCGGUGCCAGCCCAGCAGGGCCAGACGUCUCCGCUGCUGCAGUACUUUGGCAUCCUGCUGGACCAGGGUCAGCUCAAUAAGUACGAGUCCCUGGAGCUGUGCCGCCCUGUCCUGCAGCAGGGUCGCAAGCAGCUCCUCGAGAAGUGGCUCAAGGAGGACAAGCUGGAGUGCUCGGAGGAGCUGGGAGACCUGGUGCGCACGGCCGACCCCACCCUGGCGCUCAGCGUGUACCUCCGCGCCAACGUGCCCAACAAGGUCAUUCAGUGCUUUGCCGAGACCGGCCAGUUCCAGAAAAUCGUCCUCUACGCCAAGAAGGUGGGCUACACCCCGGACUGGGUGUUCCUUCUGCGUAACGUGAUGCGCGUCAACCCCGAGCAGGGCACCCAGUUUGCCCAGAUGCUGGUGCAGGACGAGGAGCCUCUUGCCGACAUCAACCAGAUUGUGGACGUGUUCAUGGAGGGCAACCUCAUCCAACAGUGCACCUCCUUCUUGCUCGAUGCCCUCAAGAACAACCGCCCGUCCGAGGGCCACCUGCAGACUCGGCUGCUGGAGAUGAACCUGAUGCACGCCCCACAGGUGGCAGACGCUAUCCUAGGCAACCAGAUGUUCUCGCACUACGACCGUGCGCACGUGGCGCAGCUGUGCGAGAAGGCGGGGCUCCUGCAGCGUGCCCUGGAGCACUACACGGACCUGUACGACAUCAAGCGCGCCGUCGUGCACACGCACCUGCUCAACCCGGAGUGGCUCGUGAACUACUUUGGCUCGCUCUCGGUGGAGGACUCGUUGGAGUGCCUGCGAGCCAUGCUGUCGGCCAACAUCCGCCAGAACUUGCAGAUCUGCGUACAGGUGGCCUCCAAGUACCACGAGCAACUGGGCACCCAGGCCCUCAUCGACCUCUUUGAGUCUUUCAAGAGCUUCGAAGGUCUCUUCUACUUCUUGGGCUCCAUUGUCAACUUCAGCCAGGAUCCUGACGUGCACUUCAAGUACAUCCAGGCGGCCUGCAAGACCGGCCAGAUCAAGGAGGUGGAGCGGAUCUGCCGCGAGAGCAAUUGCUACGACCCCGAGCGCGUCAAAAACUUCCUCAAGGAGGCGAAGCUGACGGAUCAGCUGCCGCUCAUCAUCGUGUGCGACCGCUUCGACUUCGUCCACGACUUGGUCCUCUACCUGUACCGCAACAACCUGCAGAAGUACAUUGAGAUCUACGUGCAGAAGGUGAACCCGAGCCGUCUGCCCGUGGUUAUCGGAGGGCUGCUGGACGUCGACUGCUCCGAGGACAUCAUCAAGAACCUCAUCAUGGUGGUGCGGGGCCAGUUCUCCACGGACGAGCUCGUGGCCGAGGUUGAGAAGAGAAACAGGCUGAAGCUGCUGCUGCCCUGGCUGGAGUCGCGCAUCCACGAGGGCUGCGACGAGCCGGCGACGCACAACGCCCUCGCCAAGAUCUACAUCGACAGCAACAACAACCCCGAGCGCUUCCUGCGCGAGAACCCCUUCUACGACAGCCGCGUGGUCGGCAAGUACUGCGAGAAGCGCGACCCGCACCUCGCCUGCGUCGCCUACGAGCGCGGCACCUGCGACCGCGAGCUCAUCAACGUGUGCAACGAGAACUCGCUGUUCAAGAGCGAGGCGCGCUACCUGGUUCGGCGUAAAGACCCGGACCUGUGGGCCGAGGUGCUCCAGGAGUCCAAUCCCUUCCGGCGGCAGCUCAUUGAUCAGUGCUCCGAUCAGGUGGUGCAGACCGCCCUGUCUGAAACGCAAGAUCCGGAGGAGGUGUCUGUCACCGUCAAGUCCUUCAUGACGGCCGACCUGCCCAACGAGCUGAUCGAGCUCCUGGAGAAGAUUGUGCUCGACAAUUCCGUGUUCAGCGAGCACCGAAACCUGCAGAACCUCCUGAUCCUGACGGCCAUCAAGGCUGACCGCUCGCGCGUCAUGGAGUACAUCAACCGCCUGGACAACUAUGAUGCUCCCGACAUCGCCAACAUCGCCAUCAGCAGCGAGCUCUACGAGGAGGCCUUUGCCAUCUUCCGCAAGUUUGACGUCAACACCUCCGCCGUGCAGGUGCUGAUUGACCACAUCGGUAACCUGGACCGCGCCUACGAGUUCGCGGAGCGCUGCAACGAGCCGGCGGUCUGGUCCCAGCUGGCGCGCGCACAGCUGCAGAAGGGCCUCAUCAAGGAGGCCGUGGACUCGUACAUCAAGGCCGAUGACCCGUCGGCAUACAUGGACGUCGUGCAGGCGGCCAACCAGAGUGAUGACUGGGAGGACCUGGUGAAGUACCUGCAGAUGGCGCGCAAGAAGGCGCGUGAAUCGUACGUGGAGACGGAGCUCAUAUUCGCGCUCGCCAAGACCAACCGUCUGGCCGAGCUGGAGGAGUUCAUCAGCGGGCCCAACAACGCGCACAUCCAGCAGGUGGGAGACCGAUGCUACGACGAGAAAAUGUACGACGCGGCCAAGCUCCUCUACAACAACGUGUCCAACUUCGGGCGGCUGGCCUCCACGCUGGUGCUGCUCGGGGAGUACCAGGCGGCCGUGGAUAGUGCACGCAAGGCCAACUCCACGCGCACUUGGAAGGAGGUGUGCUUCAGCUGCGUGGACGGGCGCGAGUUCCGCCUCGCGCAGAUGUGCGGCCUGCACAUCGUAGUACACGCCGACGAGCUGGAGGAGCUGAUCAACUACUACCAGGACCGCGGCUACUUCGAGGAGUUGAUCUCCUUGCUGGAGGCCGCGCUGGGCCUGGAGCGCGCUCACAUGGGCAUGUUCACAGAGCUCGCCAUCCUCUACUCCAAGUUCAAGCCGCAGAAGAUGCGUGAGCAUCUCGAGCUAUUCUGGUCCCGCGUCAACAUCCCCAAGGUGCUGCGAGCCGCAGAACAGGCGCACCUGUGGGGCGAGCUGGUGUUCCUGUAUGACAAGUACGAGGAGUUUGACAACGCCAUCCUCACGAUGAUGAACCACCCCACCGACGCGUGGAAGGAGAGCCAGUUCAAGGACAUCAUCACCAAGGUGGCCAACGUGGAGCUCUACUACAAAGCGACGCACUUCUACCUGGAGUACAGGCCACUGCUGCUCAACGACCUGCUCUUGGUGCUGUCGCCGCGUCUUGACCACACGCGCUCCGUCGCCUACUUCAGCAAGGUGAACCAGUUGCCGCUGGUCAAGCCAUACCUGCGCUCGGUGCAAAACCACAACAACAAGGCUGUGAACGAGGCCCUUAACAACCUGCUCAUAGAGGAGGAGGACUACCAGGGCCUGCGUGCGUCGAUCGACGCGUACGACAACUUCGACAACAUCAGCCUGGCUCAGCGCCUGGAGAAACACGAACUCAUCGAGUUCCGCCGCAUCGCCGCCUACCUCUACAAGGGCAACAACCGCUGGAAGCAGAGCGUCGACCUGUGCAAGAAGGACCGCCUCUACAAGGACGCCAUGCAGUACGCGGCCGAGUCGAAGGACACGGAGCUGGCGGAGGACCUGCUCGCGUGGUUCCUGGGCGAGGGCAAGCACGAGUGCUUCGCCGGGUGCCUCUUCUCCUGCUACGACCUGCUGCGGCCGGAUGUCAUCCUGGAACAGGCGUGGAGGCACAAUAUCAUGGACUUCGCCAUGCCCUACUUCAUCCAGGUCGUGAGGGAGUACCUGUCAAAGGUGGAUGAGAUGAAGGCAAAGGUGGACAAGCUGGACGCGUCAGAGAGCGUGCGCAAGGAGGAGGAGCAGGCCGCUGAGGCUACUCCCAUCGUAUACGGUCAGCAGCAGCUGAUGAUCACCGCCGGCCCCGCCACGGUGGUGCCGCCCCCUCCGCAGGCCGGAUUCGGUUAUGCCGCGUACCCGCCCGGCGCCCCUGGCGCCUACGGCCAACCGCCGUACGGAUACGGCAUGUGAAGAGGCCCUCCCAUCCAGUCCUGCCCCGUCCUAUCCCGUCUUGCCCUGCCCAGCCCUGCCCAGCUCGGCCCGGCCCAGCCGUCGACCCAGGGGCCCCCCUCCCCCCCACCGCCCGCGAGUCUCCUACGACACUACACGAGAGAAUUCCCGCAAAGCGGCAACGGUGGCGGCGUUCGUUCUUGCCCUCGCGACUUCCCCCUCCUCCCGCCCCCCGAGUGUCUCCGUAGCUCCUCCUGUCCACCGGUGGCGACAGCACGGGGGACCACGACCAACCGCCCCACCCCCACGACCCUCUGCUGGAGCGCGAAAUAAACGUGGCCGCGUCGGAGGGGUUCCGCGUUUUUCGUUUGUUUUAUUCGUUAAGUGUGACGACGGCGGCGGCGGCGGCUCGGGGAUAUGUGUGCCACACUCCAUUAUAAGCUUUCUUUAGUGGGUGGUGUUUUGGGGGAGGGGCAGGUAUCGGGGGAGGGGGGGGGUGGAGAAACGUGCGUCUCGUGUGAGGGCAAAUCGGCUGGAGGUUGUGAUUCGUGCUUGUUUGGGUUGGGUGGGGGGCAGGGGGGGCGAGGACUACUGCGGCAGAUCGGCCGGUGGGCGACGCGUUACUGCUCCACCAGCGCCGCGUGUUUUGUGAAAUUUACAUUUUCACGUCGCAGACGCGUGGGAUGCUUGCUCGACCACGAUCUUUCCUACUGUUUUGAGAAUGUAAUGUUGUAAUCUCCAUUUCCUUUUUUUUCCAGUUUCUCAAACCCCCUCCCCCCACCCUAAACCGAAGCAAAGUGUGUGAUUGUGUUGAUUUUAUUUGUUGGCAUACAUGGUUUUUUUUGUUUGCUUUAUUUUUAUUGAUAUUAUUAUUAGUGGCCUGCUGUGGAAAAAUCUGCAUUUCAGGCAUGCGGAGGGCUUUCACUAAAGUAUAACGAGCUGUAAUGGGACUCCCCCAACGGCCCUCGUGCUGGCUCCUUCGGCAGACAUAUCGCCGGCUUGACGGCUCGUCUCCCCUCCCCCUCCGGUGGUGACAAACCGCGAGCAGUCAUACAGACGUGGCACCGCCGUCCGGGCGUUCACACGCAGGAUGAAGAGUGACAACGAAAUGCCAAGGGGGGGGUAGGGGAUGGGGUUCUGUUGUGAGCGCGCGUCGUCAGCCACGGUUGGCGUUGUCGCGAACCUCGUUGCGUGCUGCCGCUGUGCACCUUGGCUCAUUCUCUGACCACCCGUUUUUGUUUUGUUUAAGUCGGCUGCUUGCGCCAGUAAAAGAAGAGGGCUCCCGGCCGUGCCACACGGUCCUACUGGUUCACAAAACAACGGUACGGCGGGCGGGCGAGCGAGUGUGGAGGGGUGGCAGGCCCCCAUUGCGAGCGCGAACUCCCAACUUGAUCAAUUUGACUUUCUGGCCACGGUGCGCCGCUACCGCCGUCUCGCUCGGUUCACUGCCCACCUCCCCCAAUGCUAUUUUAUAUUUUCUGACUCCAUACUCGAAUGUGUAAGCUGCAGCAGAGCAACGUGUUUGAUCCAGCAUCAUCUGCGAUCGUGUCCGGUUUCUGGUGCGUCUGUUAACGGCGCGCUUCUACGAGUUCCGUCGCUCGAUUUUGCUUACGGGAAGAAUUUUGCCACCGCAAGUGUCGUUGAUUUAAGCCUGGAGUGCGGCACAAGCCAUGUCCCAUUACCAAAAAAAAAAUAUCUAAAUACAAAUUUACAGCAGAAAAAUGAAUAAAAUUAGCAAAUUAUAUAUGUACCUAGUACUCUCGCUGUAAGAUUUGAGGAUUGUUCACAAAAUACGGUAUAGCUAGUGUAACUGUCUUUGCGUGUUUAAUUUGUGCGGACUAGAUAAUUAAUAAUACUCUCUCGUCGCUGGUGAUUUUUUUUAUUUCUCUUUUCCUCUCCGUUGCGUGUUUAGUCUAUCGCUGUAAUCGCCGCCCCCCCCCCCCCCCCCCCGAUUUAUUGCGUGUAGCUGCCGAGGAAUUUUGGGGUGUGUUUGUGGGGCCUGGCGAUAAAUCAGUAUUGCCAUGUCCCGUCCCCCCCCCUUGGGCUCUGAUCUGGGACCAGGUGUGUGGUGCGUGCGUGGGGUGGUGGGUGGGGGGGAGGGCCCCCCCCGGGUCAUGUGUCGGAGCGCUAAGCGGUGUAGGGCCGCGUGGUUGACGGUCAGCCAUGGUAAACGUGGAGUCGGCUUUGAGUUCCUUCAGGUGCCCUCUUGUUUUGUUAUCCAAAACACUGAAGCUAAUUCAUUCCCCCCCCCCCAGCCCUCAUUUGCCACAUUUCUUAUUACGAUUCCCACCUUGAUCAUAAACCUAACCACAAACCUAGCCAAUGCUAGAAUUGUUGUUCGGCCAAAGAACGUAUUGUAGUGAACACCACGCAAUACCAUAUUGUGGUUUAUUCCACGAACUCGAACCCACUCUCAGCCUUAACCCCCCCCCCCCCAGCCUUAUUUACAGUUGCAGCCCAAUUCCACAUGCCUAGCCUUGAGAACAUUACCACCACUCUGGCCCUGUAGCCAGAAUGGUCCUAACCAUAUCCUAGUUUUAAAAUCACUCAUCGUCCCGCCCCCCAAGGCCCGACAUGAUUUCAUGUAUGUAAAUUUUUACAACGAGCAGGUGGAAGUUUCAGUUUUACUGGACGUUUACCAUGACGGCGGAUGACGAGCGAUGGUAAAUUCACCACCACGCGUCGCUGUGGUAGAAAGCGUUCAGCUAUGCGGCACGCACACAAUUGCUGAACUCCAACCCCCCCCCCCUGCCCCCGCUGCUCCCUCCAGCCGUCGGCUCCGUUCCCCGCGUGCUGUACAUUGAGUCAGUCGUGGCACCAGUGCUGUUUGCUUCUUCACGUGAAAAGAAACGCAUAUUGGAAGUAAAAAAAAAAUAAAGCAAAAAAUUAUAAAGGACAAAAAAA